AAAUUUAACAUCCGCCAUUUUUAAAUUUAUGCUAUUGCUUGCGUUCCUUUUUUUAUUGUUAUACUACUCUUACAAAAUGGCGGAUGCCGAACAAAACGAAUUGCAAAAAUUAAGAUCCAUUCUUCAGUAUUUCCUCAAAGGAGUUGACUUAUCAAAUAAUCAAUUUAUUGGAAAUGAAUUACCUGAAUUAUUUAGUAAGCUGUCAACUUUAUCAUGGAUUACACUGAAGAACACAAACAUUACUGAUUUUCCGGAAGUGCUUACAAAAUUGACGAAUCUUCAACAGAUAUCUUUAUUAAAUAGUCGAAUAGAAAGCAUUCCGCUUGAAAUUAGUAAUAUUGAGCAAUUAAAGAAUCUAUUACUGAGGAACAAUAAAUUAAAAUCGAUCCCCCCGUCCGUUUUUAAUUGUAGUAAUUUGGAAACUGUUGACUUAAGCAGUAACCUCUUCAGGGAUUCUCCUAUCAAUUUAGAGGAAGCUAAGAAAUGUUUGGUACUAAAUUUGUCAAACAAUUCUCUUACAGAGAUUCCUUCAAGUGUGUUUGUUGAAUUGACAGAUUUACAUUACUUAAAUUUGGCUAAUAAUAAACUGGAAACUGUACCACCGCAGCUGAGAAGAUUGAUCAAUUUACGAGUAUUAAUUCUUAACGACAAUGCCCUAAAGCAUGCUCAACUUAGGCAAGUGACGUCGCUUGUUAAUCUAAAAACUCUUCAUUUAAGAAACACGCAAAGAGACAUGAAGAAUUUCCCAUCUGGGUUGGACAGCCUAAAAAAUUUAACAGACAUUGAUCUAUCUAUGAAUGAAUUGACUAGUGUUCCAGAAUCACUAUACCAAGUAGAAGCUUUAAAAAAAUUAAACUUAAGCGAUAACAAUAUCAGUGAAUUAUCAUCUUUAAUUGACAAUUGGGAAUAUUUGGAAGUUUUAAACUUAUCUAGAAAUCGACUGUCUCAAAUUCCUAAUGCUCUUUGUAAACUAUUGAGACUAAGGCAUCUAUAUUUAAACGAGAAUGAUUUGACUUUUGAGACCCUACCUCCCGGUAUCGGUAAACUUGGCGAAUUGGAAAUUUUUUCCGCUGCUGGGAAUCACUUAACAACCAUACCAGAAUCUCUAUGCAGGUGUGGAAAACUGAAGAAAAUAAUACUUAAUUCGAACAAUUUAGUUACUUUUCCCGAUUCUUAUCAUUAUCUCACUGAACUAGAAGAGCUGGAUGUUAAAAAUAAUCCUGAAUUGCAAUUGCCUCCUAAACCUUUAGAAUUGAUUAAAUCGCAAAGAAUCAAUGACGUUUAUAAUGUUGAUUUUUCCCUGAGUACGCAUCUGGAAAAAGUUGGUAAAACUGUUCCGUUGGAAUCCCAAAAGAAAAAAAAGAAAACUGAUACAGUCGCAAGAAAACUGCGCUUAGGUCAAAGGAAGAGAAUUGACUCGAGAAGUGAUGAUGGAAAGAGUGAUGUUGUUCUUAGUGGAAUGAGAAAGCUUGCUGGUAAAAGAUUACCGAAAGAUGAUGAAGAAGAAAGUCAAGUAAAACCAAAAAAAUGGGAUGAAUUAAUUGUGAAACCUAAACUAAAUUUCGAUGAACUUUUCCACGAUGAUGAUGAAAUAGGUCAAUUCCCCGGACUAACUAUGUGGGAAAUAGACAACUUUCUACCCCGAUUAAUGGAAAAACCGACAAAUGUUUUUUACAACGAAGAUUGUUAUAUUAUUCUUGACACACAUAUUGAUGAACACAAAAAUUUAAAUUGGAGAAUUUGGCAUUGGAUUGGAAGCAAAUCGACUUUAGAUAAAAAAGCAGCUUCUGCUAUUCAUUCUGUAAAUUUAAGAGAUUAUCUAGAUGCAAAAUGCAUGUGUCGGAGGCAGGAGGAAGCCGAUGAAGACGAAGAAUUUCUCUCCCUAUUCGAUGAUUGUCAUGUAGAAUAUGUAGAUGGUGCUAGAGCAGAAAGUGGUUUUUACGUCCACGACGAAGGAGAUGUUCCAACAAGAAUGAUUUGUGUUCGACAUAAACACCCACCGUAUUCAGUUGCCCCUCUUGCGUCGUCUUUAAACUCUUACUUGUGCUAUGUCAUAACAACGAAAGCAGUUAUUUGGGUAUGGAAUGGUAGCGAUUCUAAAUUGAAUCUUAAAUCAAGAGCACGACUUAUUGCUGAGAAAAUUAACAAAGUUGAAUAUAAAUCGGAGGCCGAUAUUCGAAAUAUUCAGCAAGACACCGAAACAGAAGAAUUCUGGGAUUUAAUUGGAGGUGAAGGUCCAGCUUCUUAUGACAAUGAAGAAGUGGAUAAAACUUUUCAUCCAAUUUUAUAUAGAGUUAAUAUUCGUAAAGGUUCCAAAUUUAUACUCUCUCAAAUCGAAUUGAGAACGAAAUCAUUAACUAAGGAUCUUUUGACAAGUGAUGGCGUAUAUAUUCUUGAUACUCUUCACGAUGUUUUUAUUUGGUUCGGAAAGAAAACUAAUAAGAUGAUUCGAAAUAUAUCUAGUAUGAUUGUUAAACUAUUAUUAUGGAAUAUGGUAGAUAGGAAUAGAAAUGCCGACUUUCUUAUAUAUACAGAGAACAUGGAAAGUGUUUUGUUUAAACUUCAAUUUAGGGGAUGGGACGACGUUAUUCAUGUAGACUUUACAAGGACUUCUGAAUCUGUUGCGAGAAGAGGAUUAGAUCUCAAAGAGAUUGUAGAAAAGGAUAAGAUGAAAGCUGAUUUAAAUGCACUGCUUAGUCCUAUUCAGGAGAGAUUGGAUGAUUAUGAUGCUGAACAAAUUAUAUCUGAUUACGGAGCUACAACUUAUAUUAAACAAGCACUUGUCUUAGAAAGUAGUGGUCGGAAGAAAAUUGCUUUGCCAAAGGAGGAAUAUGGACACUUUUACAGUGCAAAUACCUAUGUAUUUUUUAUAGAAGAGCAGGAAGAUGAUGAUAUAGACGAUGAAGACGAUGAAUCUGAACCUACAUCUUUUGUCACAAUGUACUGCUGGCAAGGAAGAGACGCUCCAGCAGUUGAACUGUCAACGUUCAAAUUAGAAUUGGAUCUAAAAUUGAGUAGUAUGAAUAUUGAUAUGGUUAUACAAAGUCAACAACAAGAGGAUCCAUCUUUUCUUAUGGCUUUUCAAAAUAAGUUUGUCAUUCAUAGAGGUAGGAGACCGCUAAAGAACACUGGCGAAGCCCGUUUGUAUGAACUAAGAUCAACUGCAAGUAUCAUUUGUUCUCGAAUGAUUGAGCUACCGAAAUUAGACGCAACCUUAUUAAAUUCUCAACUAUCUUUUGUUUUGGUCGUUCCUUUUGAAUCUGGGGGUGGUGUAGUGUACGCAUGGAUUGGUUCAAAGUGCUCCAACAGUGAUUCCCACAAUUGUAUUGAAAUUGGAAACAAAAUGCUUACACCACCUGACUACGCUUUUCAGGUUGUUAACGAGGGGUCUGAGCCCGACCUCUUUUUCUGGGAAGGUAUCAAUGGCAAAAAACCGUACGAUUCAUCUGCUAAUUUCUUAUUAGUAGCCAGAUUAUUUAGAUGUUCUAACGAUAAAGGAUACUUUACUGUCUCGGAGAAAACGAGAGAUUUUUGUCAAGAUGAUCUGGCAGAAGAUGACGUUAUGAUUUUAGAUUCCGGUAGAGUUAUUUUUCUGUGGAUUGGACCUAAAGCUUCUCAAAUUGAAGUAAAAUUCGCUGGUCGAGCAGCUUUAAUGUAUAGGGAACACUUAAAGAUUGUUGAAAAAGAGAACCCUAGGAAAAUAAGUGCAGCAUUAAAAGGAAGAGAACCAAGAGAAUUUACAAGGUGCUUUCACGCGUGGUCAACACAUAAAAUGCACGCAGUUGAAUCAAUUACUCGCUGAAAAUUUAGUUAUCAUGUUUUUUCUUUUUUUAUCUUAGUUUUUUUUUUAAAAAUGCUUUAUAUCUUCUCCUUCCACCGCCCUGAUUUGAUGAACCUUUUUUUGUGUAUAUGUUUUCUUUUUUUUGUUUAUACAGAAUUUUUUUCUUCAGUGUUCUUUUUGGUGCCUGAAUUUAAAAAUAAAUACUUAAACUAUUUAAAUUAUUUAUUACAUGAAAAAGAGAUAUAAAUCAUAAAUUAAUUUUCUGUA